AUGGCCGUUAAAAUCGUGAAGAAGCGUACCAAGCCUUUCAAGCGACACCAGUCGGAUCGCUACCACACCGUCAAAGAGGCAUGGAGAAAACCAAAGGGUAUCGACAACAGAGUGCGACGACGCUUCAAGGGUCAGCUGCCCAUGCCAAAGAUUGGUUACGGUAGCAACAAAAAGGUUGGAUUCAUUGUCAUCGUCCGUUUGUUCACAUCGCUGAGAAGCGUUUGCCGUAUCCAGACUCGCCAUCUGAUGCCCAACGGCCUCAAGAAGUUUUUGGUCAACAACGAAAAGGAGGUUGAUCUCCUUUUGAUGCAUAACAAGUCGUAUGCGGCCGAGAUUGCCCACGGUGUAUCGAGCAAGAACCGCAUCGGCAUUUUGGCUCGUGCAAAGGCAUUGGGUGUAAAAGUUACAAACCCAGCAGCGAGACUGAGAACAGAGGAAUAG